AUGGCAUACCUGAAACAAGCUAAACCAAAUAUAUUUUCUGUACAUUGUGUCAUUCACCAAUAUCAUUUAGUCGCCAAAAACCUUAGUGAACGCUUGCAUGGCUCACUAGACUAUGUCAUUCGGGCAAUUAAUAGAAUCAAAAGGAAUGUUUUAAAUGAGAGAUUAUUUGCUCAACUUUGUUUAGAAAAUGAUGAAGAUUAUAAUCUUUUACUACUUAACACGGAAGUUCGUUAUCUAAAGAAACAAAACUUGGGGAGAGGAGAAUGCUCUCAGUUUCCAAAUCUUCCAAAAUUGCAAAAACGAGAUGAUGAUUUGCUUGUUUAUUGUCAACACUUAACGGUUCUUCAUUCUGACCUCAGCCAAAGAUUUGAGUAUAUUCUUCACUUGGGCAUCCCCGAUUGGGUGUUGGACCCUUUUGCAAGUAGACCCACAAACUCAGAUGAAGCCAUACUAAUACAGGAGGAACUUAUUGAAUUAUUCACAAAUGAGGAGCUAAAACCAAUGUUUGAACAAGGAUACCACAAAUUCUGGUUACGAAAACAGAUACCAAUUUUAUAUCCUGCAUUAUGGGCCACUGGAAAGAAGCUGUUGAUUGCUUUUCCAUCUUCCUAUUUAGUAGAGCAUGGAUUAGCACAGUUAUGA